AUGGGACAACACUACAAAGAGAUCGCAGCCAUUGCUCUCAAGCGUCGAGCAGAUGCCAUCCCCAAAGAAUUCCUCCUCCCAGAAAUGGCUCUCACCGAUCUCCCUCGGAAUCUGACGACUGUCCCGAAAGACUCCGGCCACUUCACACCUGAAGAACUAGAGAUCAUCGACUCGGACGCCGAAGACAUCCUGCUCAGGAUCAAAGAGAGGAAAUGGAGUGCUGUAGCCGUCACGAGAGCAUUUUGCAAAUCUUCGACCGUGGCUCAACAACUGACAAAUUGCUUAACGGAGAUCCUUUUCCCCGAAGCUCUUGCCCGCGCCAAGUAUCUAGAUGAGCAUCUUGAAAAGACGGGCCAGGUGAUAGGGCCUCUCCAUGGUCUUCCUAUCUCUCUGAAAGACUGCAUGAUCACUCCUCCGCAUCCUUCAUCUAUUGGCAUGGCGUGCUACGCCAACGAACCAACUACUCAGGAGACGAUCCUCGUUGGGGUAUUGGCGAAGCUUGGUGCGAUAUUUCAUGUCAAAACAAACGUCCCCACGGCUAUGAUGAUGAUGGAGACGAUCAACGUCGUGUGGGGCGAAACGAUCGGGCCUUACCACAGCGGUACGAGUUGUGGUGGAAGUAGCGGUGGUGAGGGUGCCUUGCUGGCUACGAAGGGAAGUCCGCUGGGAAUUGGGACAGAUAUCGGGGGAAGUAUUCGGAUUCCGAGUUCAUUCAACGGCUUGUAUGGGCUGAAGCCUAGUUUUGGACGAUUUCCUGUUUACGGAACCCAGUCUGGUAUCACUGGACAAGAUUACAUUUUCUCGAAUAACGGACCGAUGUCUAGAUCUCUCGGAGCACUGCAACUCUACUGCAGAGCUGUCCUUUCAAACGAGGUCUCUCCGUGGAACUUGGAUCCGAAAUGUGUCCCGGUGCCGUGGAGGGAAGAAGUCAUUCAGCCGAAAGGACGGAAACUGAGGUUCGGUAUCGUAUCUGACAAUGAUGGAGCCGUCAGCGUCCAACCACCCAUCGCAAGAGGUCUAGCCAUGACCAAAAAAGCCCUUGAAGCAGCAGGCCACGAAGUCUUCGAGUGGGAGCCCAUUCACCACGCGGAAAUGGCUGAUGAGAUGAACAAGAGUUUCCACACUUUGGGUGCGGCAGCAAUUCUGGACCUGACGCUGCAGAAUGGGGAGCCUGUGUAUGGCUCGAUGGCGAACUACGAGGCAACGUACAAGAAAGGUGAGCAUGGAACACUUGGUCCUACAAAACUUCGUGAGAUGAUCAUGAGGAGAAAUUCGUUCCAGAAAGUGUAUUUGGACAGAUGGAAUUCGACUGCAACGGAUGAGAAGGGGCCUAUGGAUGCUAUUAUCAUCCCAGCGUCUCCUUGGUCCGCUCCGAGACUGGGGCUUACGCAGACUCUGUUCAAUGUUUCCUUCACUGGAGCUUUCAACGUCCUUGACUACCCGUCCUGUACCUUCCCAGUGACGUUCGCAGACAAGGAUCUCGAUGCCCGGAGAGCGGCUGACUGGAAGCCUUUGAAUGAGUUGGAUGGAAAGAUUCAAGAGGACUAUGAUCCAGAAUUCUAUCAUGGGACUCCGGUGACUUUACAGUGCGUUGGUAGACGGCUGGAAGAGGAGAAGGUACUCGAGAUGGUCAGUGUUAUUGCUGAGGCAUUGAAAUUUUAG